AUGAAAUUAACAUUCACUAGUAUCACAAUUAUAUUUUUUACGGUGCUGCUAUUUGUCAUUAUUGAACCAAGCUACCAAUACGUUUAUUCAUGUAAUUCAAGCGAACCAUGUGGAUGUUCUUCUAAUGCAGCAUCCGUUACUCGCAUUGUUGGUGGAGAAUCAGCAGGAACAAGUACUUGGGGUUGGGCUGUAUCUAUUUUUAUAAGUGGUACUUCAUUAUGUGGUGGAGCUAUUUUGUCAAGUUCAUGGAUUAUUACAGCAGCACAUUGUGUAAAUGGAAUUGCAGCAUCACAAGUAACUGUCUAUGCUGGCUCGAAUACUCGAUUUUCUGGUCAAUCUCGGGUUGCAUCUAUUAUGUUGAGCAGAAAGUUCGCGGUCACUUGCAAAAAAGAUCUAAUCGGAUAAGAUGAUCUAUCCAGCAUUGAGAAAGCAAAUAUACCAAAUUGUAGAAAAUU